AUGGAAGCUUGUCACCCUACACAGCAUUUCAAUGUCACUUCCUAUGGGGCCACAACUGUGGCCAUCAUCACCCUGGAGGUGUUUGUGGGCAUGUGGAUAAAUGCUUUCAUUGUUUGUGUGCUUUGCAUUGCCUGGGUCAAAAAGAAAACCCUGAACUCUAAUGAGAAGAUCUUGCUGCUGCUGGGAUGCUCCAGGUGUUCAUAUUUGUGCUUCACAUGGAUAUAUCGCUUCCUUUCAAUGAUUUAUCCCGAUUUUCUUCAUGUUCCAACCAUACGUCAACUAAUUAGAUCUUUGGUAACCUUUUUUAAUUAUUCCAACUUGUGGGUCUCAGCCUGUCUUUGUGGUUUCUACUGCAUAAAAAUUGCCAAUUUCAGGAACAGCUUCUUCAUCUACCUGAAAGUAAAAAUUGACAGGAUGGUGCCCUGGUUCUUGUUGGGGUCAGAGAUUUUAGCCUUGGCUAUCAGCAUCAUUAUCGCUGACCUCUCUGAAACUCUCCAGAGGAACAACAACACUUCCACCUGCCCAGGAAAUUUUUGGGAAGUAACUAUCAGAAAGGAUAUGCAUCUUUUAUCUACUUUUUUACUCUCUGGUUUCGUAUUUGCUGCUUCAUUCCUGGUAGUCACCUUUGCUGCUGUUUUCCUUCUCUUUUCUCUCUGGAGACACAAGCGCACCAUGCAGACAAGCUCCAUGAAGGACCUCAGCAUGGAUGCCCACAUCAGAGCCAUGAAAUCUGUCCUCUCCUUCUUAGUGAUGUACAGCAUCAACUUUGUAUGUUUGGUCUUGACAAUAAUUUAUGCCACGAAGAAAGAAAAUAUCAUGACACUCCUUUUAUACAUAUAUCUGUGUGCUUUUCCAGGCGUUCAUUCCCUUAUUUUGAUUUUCAGUAGUCCCAAGCUCGGAAAAGCAAUGCUGAAGAUUAUCUCCUGUGUGAAGUGUGAGCUUUUCAUCAAGUAG